UUAGCGUUUUAAGAUUUACGACGACCUCAAAUGUAGCGUAGUUUAGCGUAGUAUUUAUAGCAGGCAGCCGGCACCGCAUCGUUCAAAAGGCGAACAUCACAUAACUACAGCAACAAUGAAUGUUGCCCAUGAAGUAAACCUGCUGGUGGGGGAGAUUGAACGACUUGGGAACAAAAAUGCUGACGGUCAAACAAGUGUAAAGUUUGGAGUGCUGUUCAACGACGACCGCUGUGCCAACAUCUUCGAGGCAUUGGUGGGCACCCUGAGGGCCGCCAAGAGAAAUAAAAUUGUCAGCUUCGACAGCGAGAUCCUUCUGCAGGGCGUCCAUGAUGAUGUUGACAUCGUUCUGCUCCAAAAAUGAGGUCUCUGUUUCCCGCAGCGGCUGCAGGUGGAAGUGUUUUGCUUUCUUUUCCAAAUACUGAGCUUCUGCUGUGUCAAUUAAAAGUUUUUUAUUUUUAUUUUUUUAUUUUUUUUCUCCCCCCUUCCAAAAUGUGGAAAACCCAGUGAUUGAAUUCCCAUUCGAAGACCAAACAAGUUAGAAACUCUGCUGGUAUAAUUUGUAUUCACUUUAAUUUAGAUUAGUUUGAUUUCAAACCUGUAAUUGGGCGUGGGGAUUUCAAGGGCUAUUUAACAGCCACAAAUGACAAGGAUAUUUUUAAUGACUUGUGGCUCCUCAAACAAAGCACACUGGCUUGAUACAACAAAACAGUCUGGUGUAUAAUUAGUUGUAUUUGAAAAUUUUGACUGAAUUGUAAACAUAAAAGUAACAGAUUUCUUCAAAACAAAAUGCUCAGGGUGAAAAAGAACAUUGAAGAGCUACUGUAAUUUACUGAACACGGGUCAAAUUGCAGGGUAAUUCAUGCUGUGAGCGGAUCCUAAACAGUCUCGCUUAACAGGCAUCAUAAGCAACUUUUGUUAUGUCAUGCAAACUUGCGUAAUCAGAGCAAACUGUUAGCGACAAAUCAUUUCUAGUGGAGAUGUUUUUAAAGGUACACAAGGUAACAUUCGGCACUCGGUGUGCAUAUCAAAAAUUAAAUAUCUGGACUAAUCCCACAAAAAAUAGCUAAAAUAUGCUAUUUCAGCUAAAGAUGGUUCUCUACAUUUACACGAGUCCAUUAUGCUACCUCUCAACUUUUGUAUUAGCACAUGAUAAAUUCAAGACCAGAAAUCUUUGAAGACAAUUGCAUUUCAGCAAGACAUUUGUACCUUUUUGUAUUCUUUGCCAUGUGAUGUACAUCCCACCUUUUUGUACAGAAUAUUUUUUUCCUUGCCAACCAAACUCCAAAAUCUAUCGAAUGGAUAGCGUUUACAUUGGACACAUGUUUGUAAGUGCAAUUUUUUUUCAAGCAUAUACUGUAAUUGCUACGGGGUGCCAACAAAAAAUAUCAAUUUGCACUUUCUCUCAGGACCAAAUCAACUCAACCAAAUAACCUUAAUGAAUGAAUGAGCUAGUACUGGUAAUAGUUUUUUUUAAUUUGUCUAUUCACCACUGUUUGUUUUGUACUGUAGGUCCAAUGAAACUCGCAGAUCAGGCACAAUCACAUCAAAAUGUAAUGUUAUAUUAUUUAAAAUCUGACGAUAGCACAACCGUCUUGUAUGAGGCUGAAAAUGAGCCACAUUUAAACAGGAAUUACUACUCGUAUAAAACUAUCAACUCUGCAUGGUUUUGAUUGCUCCGGUGGUGUGCUACAUCACAUGAUGUAGGCUUGUGUACAUUUCUAACAAUUAUGGGAGAUUCAAGCAGUGAGAUGCCUGGUCUGCAAGUUCAAUGUCCCAUUCACAUCUACUGCUCUCAUGGCAACCUAGGUGGAUCUAUUGUGUCAGGUGUUAAUUUGUUAGUAGUUUUUUUUUUUUAAACAACAUGCCUUGUAAUUGGUAUUCCAUCAGCCUUAGAGGGAUCAUAUUUUAUGUGAAAUGAAUUUGAACUGUAACUAAAGUGAAUGGACUGUAUUGUAAAAAACAUUGGCUAUCAUCUUGAUAAUAGCACUGGAAAAAGAUCGCCCUGGUAAUAUAGAUUCUAUUAGGUGGGGACACACUGUUUUUGCUCAAGAAUGACCUUUCUUAACUCGAAUGUAAAUGAUAUGCGAAGAUGGAGCAAGAAGAGGCGAGAGCGCUUGCCAGAACAGCACCAAUACCUCGAGCUGUCUACACUUUGAUCCGUGUCUGUGAAUUAAUGCAUCGCGCCGGCAUCCUGUGUUGGUAUUGGUUAUCACAAUAUUUUGUAUUGGCAAUAACCCAUGUCUACAUUCUAAUAAAUAAAAUCUUUA